CGCACAUGAUUCACUUUCCCUCUGCUUUCCUUUCAAGAGAACUGCUCAAGUUGUUUUCCACAAAUGUUUCUGUAGAAACAGGAACAUUUCAGGCCCCUGAAGUACCGCACCGAAGGACCACAUACCAGCAGAAAGCCUGUUUAGGUCUCAUCCAAAUAGUAUUGACAUUCCAAACUCCCUGCGAGUUGAUGCCUCCAGUGUAAGAAAGAGCCCAGGGGCCAAAGUCCUUCCUCACUGAGGCUGUUUGUGGGUCUGCGAUUGUAGGACAGAGGCAGGGUAGAGGAAGACGAGGCAGAAGCAGAGGAAGGAUCUCAGUAUCUGGACUUGUAGCGGUGAAUCAUGGAUCCGCCGACCGGGCCGUCCCUGGGGCUUUAUGACUAUGACCUGCUGGUUAUUGGAGGGGGGUCAGGAGGCCUGGCUGUGGCAAAGGAAGCGGCAGAGUUGAUGAAAAAGGUUCUGAUCCUUGACCUUACGGCUCCCUCUGCAAGAGGCACUGAGAGGGUGCUGGGCGGUUCCAGUCUCAACUUGGACAGCAUCAGGAAAUUUCUACAACAGGCCUCUCUACUGGGAGAAGCUAUUCAGGACUCUCAGAAAUAUGGCUGGAGAAUGAAAGAGCCUGCGUCUCAUGGCUGGGGGGAGCUGGCGGGGGCUGUGCAGGAGCAGAUGAAGACUCGCAGUUUGGAGCUGAAGAAGGAGCUGAAGAAGUGCGGAGUCUUUUACCUCAAUGCCCGUGGAGAGAUAGUGGCGCCCCACACAGUGGAGGUGACCGACAUGAACGGGAGGAAGAGGCGUCUGACAGCAGAGACCCUGGUCAUCGCUACAGGGGACAGACCUCAGUAUCCGGGUAUACCUGGAGACAGAGAGUACUGCCUAACCAGUGAGGAUCUCCUCUCCCUGCCUCAGCCCCCUGGUCGGACCCUUGUGGUAGGCGGGUCUGCAGAGGGGUUGGAGUGCGCCGGCUUCCUGUUUGGCCUGCGACUGCCGGUCACUGUCAUGCUGCAACCCGACCUGCUGCCGGGGUUCGAUCAGAAAAUGGCACAGAAGAUAGAGAACCACCUGUUAGUUAGUGGAGUGGACAUCCUUUAUCACAGCUCACUCACCAAGGUGGAGCAGACUGAAGCCUGCAGUCAGGAUGCCAUUUCAGGUGACUCUGCAACUAAACGACAGCAGGUUUCUCAGGGGAGACUUCGAGUGACCAUCAUCUCCAAGGAGGGCCAAACAACACAAGAAGACUUUGAUACAGUGCUGAUCACCGCUGGGAGAAAAGCCCUCACCAGCGACAUUGGCCUGGAGCGUGUUGGUGUGCAGUGCAGCCAGGACACCGGCAGGAUCCUAGUGAACGAGAGGGACCAGACCAGUGUCGAUCAUAUCUACGCCAUCGGAUCAGUGCAGCAUGGACGCCCAUCUGCUACAGGCCUCUCAGUGCAUGCUGGGACACUGCUGGCCCGUCGACUCUACAGAGAAGACAGCAUCUUGUGUGAUUACACCAAUGUGCCCACUGUUGUGCUCACUCCUCUGGAAUAUGCUGCCUGUGGUCUGUCUGAGGAGAAAGCCAAUCUAACAUUUGGAGAAGACAGCGUGGAGGUGUAUCACAGCUACUACUGGCCCCAGGAGUGGGAGCUUCCUGCCAGGAAUAAGAACUCCUGCUAUGUUAAAGUCAUCUGCCACAUCCCCGACCAUGAGCGUGUGGUUGGUCUCCACGUCAUGGGCCCCAAUGCUGGAGACAUCCUCCAAGGCUUCGUUGCAGCGAUGAAAUGCGGCCUUACUAAACAACAGCUGGACGCCACAGUGGGCAUCCAUCCCGGGUCAGCCCAGGUGCUCAGCUCAUUGACCCAAACCCAGCGUAUGUCUGAGGCCUUGAUGAUGAGGGGAAACUGCUGAGGUUAGCCCCCUGCUGUCAGUCACAGUUGCCUAUGGCAACGUUGUAAGACAGCAGGGAAGGGCUUUGCGGUCACCCUGAGUAGUGACGGCGGCAGGAUGGUCAGCUGACCAUCUGAUGACAUCUUCACCUGAAUCCUGACAGACAGGCGGGCGAGGACUGAUGCUCUGCUGCUGACACACUUCUUGUUUUGUGUGUUGUUUGUGUCUGCGCUGCUUUUUAGGUUUGUUUGCAUUUUUUAUGAAUCGUUUGCUUCAAGCAGAACUUUGAAAUAUACAGUACCAUUGAUGCAUUUUUAUGACUCUCAACUUUAAGGAAGAUAAGAUACUCCCCGAGGUUCUGCCUCUGAAAGCCUCUGUAAGCUUUAAUACAGCUGAGUUUUUAAAGGCUGCAGGAGAGUGAUAAGACUCUGGGAUUUGAUGCAUUUACAUGGAGUGAAAGCUCAGGCUUAUACUCUGUGUUUUUAUUGCUGUGGCACAAGCCUCAGGGGUUUUACAGCCUUAAUUUCAUGUAAUGAACUAGACGCGGAUUAUGGAAUUACCCAAAUUAAUUGUGUUUAUCGGCGAACGCACUGGCUUUAAUUGAUGCAUAUGGUGUCUUUAUUGAGACAUUAGGCCUGAGCUCCUGAUGCACUGCCUUGUUUGCUUUUCCUCUUUUAUAUUCUCUCUCUGAUUCUGCACCGCCGAGCACAGCGGCUGUCUUAAAACAACUGUUGAAUAUUCAUGCAGAUCAUUAAGUGAAGUGUCCCAUACAGAUGAAUGCAGGGACCUGAGUGCAGAUAUCUCUUGAAAGCAUGCCGCUGACCCUCUAAGUUUUCCCCGCCACCUCAACUCUACACUCUGCAUUCAAAUCAGGAAAUGUACAUCUGCGAGCGUACAACAUGGGUGUGCUUCAUGCAAGGGCAUCAUUUUCAUUCUCUUGGUGUCCUGCAGCUUGUCACGAGUACAGAGGUUCCCGUCCACUCCAUGUUAAUGCCCGUUUGUGCAUUGUGCUGUCGCUUGCCGAACAAUGCAGCGAUUAGAUGCAAAUUUAAAUAAAGGUUAUCCUCCAGACCAC